UGUGACGGGCACCUGUAGUCCCAGCUACUCAGGAGGCUGAGGCAGGAGAAUCGCCUAAGCCCAGGAGUUGGAGGUUGCUGUGAGCAGUGUGAUGCCACGGCACUCUACCGAGGGCAAUAAAGUGAAACUCUGUCUCUACAAAAAAAAAAAAAAAAAAACACUAUGUAUUUCCACCUUCUGCAUCUUCUGCCCUUUUCAGAACCAUGCUGCUCCUCUCAACCUUGACUUGUCUGUCCCCUUAAGGCCUCUGGAGGGCCCUGUUCGGGGUGCUGGGAGGAGCGGGCCUGAGAAAGCGGCUCUGUACCACGCCCACAGCCAUGCUGCAGGCACUUUGGAUUCAAUGUCCCAGUUGUUUAGGGUUUACUCGUGUCCAGCCUCCCCACCCCUCCAUGAUGUUGGAUACUCUGUCUCUCCUGUGGCCAUACCCGCUUUUCUCUAACCUGCUAGCACCAGCCCCCAGAUUCCCAUUCAUGUCCUCUUUUGUCUUCCUGGAUAAACAGGCCUAUCAAAGAAUGAAUCUAAACAAAGUCAAAUGCUCACCAGGGUCAGUUCUCAAAAAAAUUUUCCUACUGAUUGCAUGUUAAAGAGAAAUAAUUUUCUUGAGUUCUAAGUUUGGAUGGGGUUAGGAGUGGGACUCUUGCACAAAGUACUGCCUAAUCUAUUUAACUGCCCCCAAACUCUGCCAGAUCUUUCUGCCAAGGGAACAAGAGAAUUAAACACUUACACAAGAUCCCUGUGUACAUAAUCUCUUACUUGUCAAGAAACUCGGAGUAGCUUUCUAAAUGUCAUCUUUUUUUUAUCUAGACUGUAGGAGGACACGUGGUGAACCGGCCUAAUUUUUCUGACCUGAACCCUAUUUUAGCAGCAGGAAACGCUACCAUCAAUGUGAUGUCUAAAGACGGACAACGGCAGAUUCCUUUAAAUGGCCCUUUCCUUGAGAGAUCACCCGAGGCCGACCUGAAACCAGAUGAGAUUGUGCUGUCUGUUUCUAUUCCCUACUCUACUCAGUGGCACUUCAUGUCGGGACUCCGGCUGGCCCAGCGUCAGGAGAAUGCCUUUGCCAUUGUCAAUGCCGGGAUGAGCGUGAAGUUUGAAGACGGCACGAACAUUAUCAAGGAACUUCAAAUGUUCUACGGAAGUGUUGCCCGCACCAUCAUCUCUGCCAGCCAAAGCUGCAAGCAGCUCAUUGGCAGGCAGUGGGACGACCAAACGCUGAGUGACGCCUGCCGCUGGGUCCUGGACGAGGUGGACAUUCCGCCCACGGCCGAGGGCGGCCAGGUGGAGUACAAGCGAACCCUCAUCCUCAGCUUGCUCUUCAAAUUCUACCUCAAAGUGAGACGAGGACUGAAUGAAAUGGAUCCCCAGAAAUAUCCAGACAUCCCAGAAAAGUUCACGAGUGCUCUAGAAGAUUUCUCCAUAGAAACACCCGAGGGAAUUCAGAUGUUCCAGUGUGUGGAUCCCUGCCAACCUUCUCAAGAUCCAGUUGGACACCCAAUCAUGCACCAGUCGGCCAUUAAACAUGCCACAGGAGAAGCCACAUAUAUUGAUGACAUGCCUCCUGUGGACCAAGAACUCUUCCUGGCUGUAGUCACCAGCACCAGGGCCCAUGCAAAGAUUUUAUCAAUUGAUAAGUCAGAAGCCCUGGCCCUUCCAGGUGUGGUUGAUGUUAUAACAGCAGAGGACGUUCCGGGAGAUAACAACCAUCAAGGAGAAGUUCUCUACGCCCAGAAUAAGGUAAUUUGCGUGGGACAGAUUGUCUGCACUGUGGCAGCUGAUACCUACACUCGUGCAAGAGAAGCAGCUAAAAAAGUGAAGAUCACCUAUGAAGACAUAGAACCAAGGAUUAUCACGAUAGAGCAAGCCCUAGAGCACAAUUCUUUUCUUUCUGUUGAGAAAAAAAUUGAGCAAGGAGAUGUGGAGCAAGCCUUUAAAUAUGUUGACCAAAUCAUUGAAGGUGAGGUCCACGUGGAAGGACAGGAACAUUUUUACAUGGAAACACAAAGUAUCCUGGCUAUCCCAAAAGAAGAAGAUAAAGAAAUGGUGUUACAUCUUGGAACACAGUUUCCAACACAUGUGCAGGAAUUUGUGGCUGUGGCUUUAAAUGUGCCAAGGAGCAGAAUCGCCUGCCACAUGAAAAGAACUGGAGGAGCAUUUGGAGGCAAAGUGAGCAAGCCUGCGCUGCUGGGAGCCGUCAGUGCUGUGGCUGCCAGCAAGACUGGCCGCCCCAUCCGGUUUAUCCUGGAGCGAGGGGAUGACAUGCUGAUCACUGCUGGCCGCCACCCACUCCUGGGGAAAUACAAAAUUGGAUUCAUGAACAAUGGUGUGAUCAAAGCUGCUGAUAUUGAAUAUUACAUCAACGGCGGGUGCACUCUUGAUGAAUCCGAGACGGUGUUGGAGUUCAUUGUGCUGAAAUCUGAAAAUGCAUAUUGUAUCCCUAACUUCCGGUGCCGUGGUAGGCCUUGCAAAACAAAUCUGCCAUCCAACACCGCCUUUCGAGGAUUUGGCUUCCCUCAGAGUAUGGUGGUAGUGGAAGCUUACAUAACUGCUGUGGCAUCUCAGUGUAACUUGCUCCCCGAAGAGGUUAGAGAAAUAAACAUGUAUAAGAGAAUUAGCAAAACAGCCUACAAGAAGACAUUUAAUCCAGAGCCCUUGAGAAGAUGCUGGAAAGAAUGUCUGGAGAAGUCUUCAUUCUAUGAUAGGAAACUGGCUGCAGAGGAAUUUAACACAAAGAAUUACUGGAAGAAGAGGGGGCUUGCCGUGGUUCCCAUGAAAUUUAACAUUGGGAUGCCCACAGCCUACUACAAUCAGGCGGCUGCUCUAGUCCACAUCUAUCUGGAUGGCUCUGUCCUGGUGACCCAUGGUGGCUGUGAAAUGGGACAAGGCCUAUACACUAAGAUGAUUCAGGUGGCUAGUCGAGAACUCAACAUCCCCCAGUCAUACAUACACCUGUCUGAAACUAGCACCACCACAGUGCCCAAUGCUGUCUUCACAGCAGCGUCAAUGGGGACAGACAUCAACGGAAAGGCCGUGCAGAAUGCCUGCCAAAUUCUUAUGACCCGUCUUCAUCCCAUCAUCAGGAAAAACCCUAAAGGAAAAUGGGAGGACUGGGUUGCAAAAGCCUUUGAAGAUUCCAUCAGUCUCUCAGCUACUGGAUAUUUCAAAGGCUACCAGACAAAUAUGGACUGGGAGAAAGAGGAAGGCGAUGCUUAUCCGUAUUUUGUCUAUGGUGCAUCCUGUUCUGAGGUUGAAGUCGACUGUCUCACUGGGGCUCAUAAGCUCCUUAGAACCGACAUCUUCAUAGAUGCUGCGUUCAGCAUAAACCCAGCCCUGGAUAUUGGACAGAUUGAAGGGGCAUUUAUCCAAGGCAUGGGAUUAUAUACCAUAGAAGAACUGAAAUACUCCCCAGAAGGCGUGCUUUACUCUCGGGGUCCAAAUGACUACAAAAUUCCCACCAUCACGGAGAUUCCAGAAGAGUUCUAUGUCACUUUAGUGCGUUCCCGAAAUCCCAUCGCCAUCUACUCCUCCAAGGGAUUAGGUGAAGCUGGAAUGUUCUUGGGAUCCUCUGUGUUAUUCGCCAUCUACGACGCAGUGGCUGCUGCCCGUCAAGAGAGGGGGCUGACCAAGACCUUUGCCCUGAGUAGCCCAGCAACUCCAGAAGUGAUUAGGAUGAGUUGUGUGGAUCAGUUUACUGACAUGAUUCCUAGAGAUGACCCUUCAACAUUUACACCUUGGUCCAUCCAUGUGUCUUAAUCCUGUGUUUUCUAGAAAAUGAAAAAACAUGUGCUUGAUCUCAAAAGUCUCAGGCCAAAGAAAAAUAUAAGUUGGCUUCUAAUUACCAAAGAUAAUUUUAGCAUCUUUUAAUUACUCUCCGUGGUUUAGGUCACUGCACAAUUACAUUUUAGAAUACAAAUUUUCACCAAAAGGAAGAAGCUUAGAAUCAAAAAUUCAAUUUUAGUCUGGGCCGGGUGUGGUGGCUUACACUUGUAAUCCCAGCACUCUGGGAAGCCAUGCAGGUGGAUUUCUUGAGCUCAGGAGUUCAAGACCAGCCUGAUCAAGAGCAAGACCCUGGUCUCUACUAAAAAUAGAAAAAGCAGCUAGGCAUUGUGACAUGCACCUGUAGUCCCAGCUACUGGGAAGGCUGAGACAAGAGGAUGGCUUGAGCCCAAGAGUUUGAGGUUGCUGUGAGCUGACAUGAUGCCGCGGCACUCUACCCAGGGUGACAGGGUAAGAUUCGGCCUCAAACAAAAUAAAACUUUAGUUUGCAUUAUCCUGAAAUCUCCAUCAUUAUGAUUUUAAAACAUAGUCGAAUUUUUAUUAACCAAAAACAACUCAAGAAAGACUAGUCAUGCUUUGUUCUUCAGAAAUCUGCUCAAAGUUCGGUAAAAUUUUCCAUCCCCUGAAGUCUGAGGAUUGUAUUUCCCCAAAGCCAAUAGUGUCCUGGUUAAUAAUUGGCUUACCUAGGAAAACACCUGAUGUAUAGUGUUUGCCAGUUUCCAUGGUGUCACUACCACUGCCUUGGGUAAUUUCAAGCCACUGCCAUGAAGUCUCUGAACAUGGAAUUGGAAAAAGAGUUACUCACAGGCAGCUCUUUGUGAGUCAAUAGGAGCUGUCUCCAGCACUGGAAUCCACCGCACUCCUCAGUUCCUACUACUCCCACCUGGCCCAUUUAAAAGAGCUUUCUGGAAGUAACCAUUCAAAGCCUUCAACUGGUCUUUACGUGCCAGGAGCUAUGUGCAUGAUACAACUUCUUCCUCACCUGGGAGAUCUCGCUGAGUAAAAUGAGGACCCCGCCUCACUCUCGAGUCCCUUGUUUUGUCUUUGCAUCUGGAAAGUGAAAUCAAUACCACCUUUCUUUUGCCAUCAAAGAAGCACAAAAUUGCUGGUGUUCUUUUUCAGUUAUUUAGUAGCUUUUUCCCAUUGCAUUUUCCAAAGAAGAUGUGCAGUCCCACAUGAAGUUCGAAAAAAAUUUAAAAACAAACUUUUGUACUGGAAACACAAACAAAUAAAUACUUGUCAAGGAUCUGUGUGCUAGAUAUUAAAGCUCUGCAUUAUUAAUAGUAAUUUUGUAGUAGAGAAUAAGUGUGUAGAAAUUGUUUAUGUGUUUAUGAGACCAAGUUAGGAGAAGAGAAGGCUGGUGGUGGAAAAGCUUCUUUCAAAUAAAAAAAAAAAAGGCUUACCAGUCCACAUCUCUUAUUCUAAGAGCAGCGUGUGCACACCUGUGUGCUAUGUGUAUGUGUAUAUACGUAUGUCCAUGUAUCUUUAAAUGGCUGAAUUCACUCAAUAAUCUAGAAUCUAACCCAUAAGAACCUCAUUGUACCAGACAGAACAAAAAAUAUAGGACCUCGGGGGGUUUUUUUGUUGUUUUUUUUUUUUUUAGACAGAAUCUCACAUAGUCACCCUCGGUAGAGUGCUGUGGCAUUGUAACUCACAGCAACCUCAAACUCUUGGCCUCAGGUGAUUCUCUUGUCUCAGCCUCCCAAGUAGCUGGGACUACAGGCACCCACCACAAUGCCUAGCUAUUUUUAGAGACAAGGUCUCACUCUGGCUCAGGCUGCUCUCGAACUCCUGAGCUCUGGCAAUCCACCAGCCUCAACCUCCCCAAGUUCUAGGAUUAUAGGUGUGAGCCACCGUGCCCAGAACUGAUAGAUUUUUCCAGCAGCAAAAUCGGAAGACACAUUUACUAUAAACAUAAAUUAAUUACAGAGAUGUUAUACUUCAUAACGUCUUGUGGGGACAAGGCCUCUAAUAUCACAGAAAUUGGCAAAAUUAACCUGAUCACUCCCACAGUAUUUCAUUAACUUGAAGAAUUGGAAUGGGGGCUCAGUGCCUGUGGCUCAAGUGGCUAAGGUGCCAGCCACAUACACCUGAGCUGGUGGGUUCGAAUCCAGACCAGGCCCACCAUACAACAAUGAUGGCACCAUACACAAAGCCAGGCGUUGUGGCGGGUGCCUGUAGUCCCAGCUACUUGGGAAACAGAGGCAGGAGAAUCUCUUGAGCCCAGGAGUUAGAGGUUGCUGUGAGCUGUGAUGCCAUGGCACUCUACCCAGGGCAAAAGCUUGAGGCUCUGUCUCAAAAAAAAAAAAAAAAAAGAGUUGGAAUGGUGAAUAUAUUUACAGAAAUAAUACAUUUUUUUAAAUAUGAGGUUUCAAAUAUAAGAUACAUUUGAAAUAUCCCAAUGCCUUUGAAAGUUAAAUUGACAAUUUUUAGUGUCUAUUGUAUUACACACUUAACAUACAUUACUAAUUUAGUUGAAUAUCUGUCAUUGUCCAGUUCUAAGAUAUUAUUCAAAUGGCCAAAAGUACAAGAUGCAAUCUUUUUAACUAGUAGACUCAACAAAUGACCAAGCACCCUUUUAAUAAUCAAACCAUGUGAUUGUUAACUCUGGGCAAAAUAGGCAAUGCUUGUUCCUGGUGGAAACUUUUCAUUAUUGUUGUUUAAUUGUGAAUUCAAUUAAAGUUUAUCAGAAGAGAAAUAAUGUGUGGCAGUUGCUAU